CGCCUGUCACCUGCUUCUCUGCGGGAAUCUAGGUCGCUAAAGGGAAGCGUUGGGAAGAGGUUGGCUGGCCCCUCCAGCCCAGUUUGUUUAGUGUAGUGGGGACCGUAACCCGCGCGAGCCUCGGUCGCAACGGCCAGAAAAGGAACCAGUAGCUGGAGGAGGGCUGGGGUGGCAAGAAAGUACAGAUUUAGAAGUAAACAGGAGACACUUAACCCUGGCCACAUCCGAAGGGGAACGCCGUAGGAAGGAAGGCCUUUCAGAGAGGAGUUAUAAUCCCGGGAGCCGUCCUGUGUAGGAGGCAAGGGUUAGUUUCUGUGGUGAGAGAAAUGGCCUUGAGGGAGCUGUUCAUGAUCUGUUUUCAAGUCUAAUUUUCUGGAUGGGCAGCUCUCAAAAAAAGCACAAAAGCCAUUGAAGAAUGGAUACCAUUGCAUAUAUUAAAAGCAUGUUAAAAGGCAAAUAAGAAAGCCAGGAAUCUCAGUAUGAAUCAGUCUAGCUCUAGAUCAGAUGAUGAUGGGGAAGAAACCUCAUUUCAAGACCAUGAUCAUCAUGAAAAUGAGAGAAGAUGGCAGCAAGAGCGUCUCCACAGAGAAGAAGCUUAUUAUCAGUUUAUUAAUGAACUCAGUGAUGAAGAUUACCGGCUAAUGAGAGACCAUAGUCUUUUAGGCACCCCUGGAGAAAUAACGUCAGAAGAACUACAACAGCGGUUACAUGGAGUCAAGGAACAAUUAGCAUCUCAGCCUGACUUGAGAAAUGGGACAAAUACCAGAGACUCAGAAGUCCCUAGAGAAAGUUCAAAUGAAGAUGCUCUACUAGAAUGGCUGAAUACCUUUCGUCGUACAGGCCAUGCAGUUCGAAGUGGACAAAAUGGGAACCAAACUUGGAGAGUUGUGAGUCGAACAAACCCUAAUAGUGGAGACUUUCGGUUUAGUAUGGAAAUCCACAUCAGUCAUGAGAACAGAGGAUUUGAAACUCAUGAUGAAGAUUAUGCAGGCAUUCCCCUUUUAGAUAUUAGCAGUGAUCAUACCACAAAUAGACAGCAAAGAUCAACGAGUCCUGUGGCUAGGCGAACAAGAAGCCAAACCUCGGUGAAUUUCAGUGGUGGUAGUUCCAACAUUCUAGGAGCUAGACUUGGCUCCAGGGGGCAGAAUUCAGUAGAAGGAUCUUUCUCAACAUCAGGAAGAUUAAGAAAUGGAGCCAGGGGAGCAGUUGGCAUUCCUAGAACUAGGGUUCCACAUGCUAAUUUCAGUAGUCAUACAAACCAGUCAGGUGGUAGUGAACUCAGGCAAAGGGAGGGCCAGCGAUUUGGAGCAGCACAUGUGUGGGAAAAUGCAGCUAGAAGUAAUGUUACAGUGAGGAAUACAAACCAAGGAUUAGAGCCAAUAAGAUUACAGUCUACUUUGAAUAGUCGAAGCCGUUCACCAAUUCAAAGACAAAGGGGCACUGUUUAUGAUAACUCACAGAGGGAAGAUAGACCUGUACAACAAACCAUUAGAAGGGCUGUUAGGAGGAGAGGUAUAACUCGUGUCUUUUUAGAACAAGAUAGAGCACGAAGAGGUAGAGGAUAUACCCCAUUCUCUAACUCAAGGCUUGUGUCAAGAAUAACAGUAGAAGAAGGAGAAGAGUCUAGCAGAUCCUCAAUUGCUGCGCGGCAUCCAACAAUCACACUGGACCUUCAAGUGAGAAGGAUUCGUCCUGGAGAGAACAGAGAUCAGGAUAGUAUUGCAAACAGAACUCGAUCUAGAGUAGGGCUCACAGAAAAUACAGUCACCAUCGAAAACAAUAGCAGAGGCUUUCAACGAACUAUUUCUCGUUUAGAGCAGUCAGGUAUUCGAACCUAUGUUAGUACCAUAACAGUUCCUGUUCGGAGAAUAUCUGAGAAUGAACUUGUUGAACCGUCCUCAGUGGCUCUUCAGUCAAUUUUAAGACAGAUCAUGACUGGAUUUGGAGAACUGAGUUCUGUAAUGGAGGCCGAAUCUGAGUCAGAGAUUCAGAGAAAUGGUCAGCAUUUACCAGAGAUACACUCAGAACUAAGUAACCCGGGUCCAGUGAAUGACAGCAGCCAGCACCAUGAAAGUUCGUCUCAGGCCAGGCAGGCCCAAGAAGACAGCGCUGGAAUGAGUGAUGAGAAUGAGACCACCCAGCCCCAUGCCCAAAACAGUGACAGAAGCGGUAGGCAGUUAGGAAAUUCAAAUAACUUGGUGGAAACUGGAGCACUACCUAUUCUUCGCCUUGCUCACUUCUUUUUACUACAUGAAGGUGAUGGUGAUGAUCACAUAUGUGGUUUAACCAAAGAGCAGAUCGAUAAUCUUUCUACCCGGAAUUAUGAGCCUAACAGUAUUGACGAUGAACUAGGUAAAAUCUGCAGUGUGUGUAUCAGUGACUAUGUAACUGGAAACAAGCUCAGGCAGUUACCUUGCAUGCACGAAUUUCACAUCCAUUGUAUUGACCGAUGGCUCUCAGAGAAUUGCACUUGUCCUGUCUGCCGGCAGCCUGUCUUAGGGUCUAGUGUACCACACAAUGGAUGAUGUAAUGGAUCUAUUCAAAUGCUGAAUUUUAGUAGAGCUGAGUAUUCAAACAUUCUUUUGUUGAGUUAUUUGUGAUGAGCUAACCAAGAUGAAAAAUAACAGAUUAUUAUAGUUUAAAAUAUUUUUGUGUGCUUUUUAAACUUGUUUAAAAAACAUGUACAUAAAAUUUAAAAGGCAAAUGCUAAAUUAUUCAAAAGUACAGAAUACUUAAUAUUUCUAGAACCAAAUAACCUUUAAAAUGUUUUUAUUUUGGUAAAUUUUGUCAUGCUAAGCACUUUUGUAUGUGCUGCACAGUUCAGUAGGCUAAAAACCAAUCUUGUUUUUCUUACUAGUACAACAGACUUUACUUGGAAUUUCAAAUUCCAUCGGCCUAGUACUAUGUCCAGACAUUGGUGUCUAAAUAAGCCUUUCAUGACCUUUUUAUUCUAAGGUUAAUAUCUUUUCAUGAAAAGAGUAUUUGGCCAAAUGUUUGCUAAAUGUAUUUAAGUUACUUGAAAUGUUAAAUUUAUAUACAGUAUACUGUAUGUGUAUAUAUAGCUCUAUAAUUUUAAGGUUAAAAUAUUCACUCUACAAACUAUCCAUUUGGUUUUUAUUUAAGCUUUUCAGCUAAUACUGCAUAUGACACAAUGUUUAAUAUUUACAAGAUCAUCUCUGGGAGGGAGUGGAUUAAGAUAUUUAAAAAUAGAUAAU